ACACUCUCUCUCCCUUCUUCUUCCUUCAUUGCUUCCUUCGCAAUCUUCUAUGCUCUACAAAUAUCAGGCAUGAGCAGCUUCGAAUUUGUAUCUGAAGUUGAAGAAUUUCAAAGGUGGUCUUCUAAGUUUCAACUUUUUUUGCGUUGGACGUUGGUCCUUUCCUGCUCCAGCAACUCGUUAACUCAAAGGCUUUCGUUGGUUGGUUGAUCAUUGGCUGCUUUCUAGCGUUUUUGUGUUUCUCUCCUUCUGUCUGUCUGUUGCUUUAUAAUUAUUUGAUAAACGUUGCCACACGUACCUUCAUCUCGUUCACCCGCACCGUUGCGCUUGAAUUGCCUCCUUCUCCUGUUUUCCUCAUGCUCUUCUUUCAGAUCCCGGCGUUCCUUUUUUGGAAUCUGGAAAGAACGCCUCUGAUCUUAAAGGCAAUAGGUCAUUUGCUCGUCCAUCUUAAUCUCAUCAGAAUAUCUUCCACGAGCCUCGUCUUUUUGUCGCUAAUGCUCAUGUGGCAAUUGUUUUUUUUUUUUUUAUUCACGAGUAGUUUACAAAUAUAUAUAUAUAUAUAUAUACACACAUAUACAGCCAGGUGUCAUCCAAAUAGUUUGAAAAUUUUGAAAAUAUAUAUCUGGAGAGAUCAACUAGCUAACAUAUAUAGUAGUUACUAACCAUGGUUCACACCGAUGCACUUCUAAAGAGGUACAGCAUGCCUUCGUUGAGUAAAGACAGAUACUGACAGACACGAGAGAGAGAGAGAAGGAGGGAUUACUUUUUCUUUUUUGUUUUUAGCAGGUUCAUUUUCAGUCAACUUAUGAUGUUAAUAAUACAUUAGUGGAAUGACUUUAUUUCUUAAUAAGUAUGUUUUUUUAACAUAAUCAUCAAAUUACAUACGAUUAUUUCAUCAAAAAAGGUUGCAGAUAUGGUUAUAAGACGUUAAUAUCAUAACAAUGUAUCUUCAGAUUAGAUUCGAGUUAUUACGAUGCUUUGUCAGCUUAAUCAACACUAACGAAUCAUUAUUUGGAAGAAUCAUUAAAUGCGUGCAAGUGUGGACAAAUUUUCAUUUACAUGAAAAUUGAAAAGGUGCCAUAUUGUUUUGGAUAUAGAAAUUCAAUUUGGUUAUCUUUUUUUUGUUAUCAUAAUCUAGCAAGCGAUCCAAGGUCCUUUGAGGUCACAUACGGUGGUAGGAUGUCGACGUUGGCAAGUUCAGUAGAAGAAGAGGUUAUGGAAGUGCUCAGUGGGGAGGAAGAUAGGUACGAUGGGGUGACAGUGAAGAUCGAGGAGCAUAUGGAGGUUGGGGUGUUUGCCUCCAGACUUAGAGCUUCCAUGUCCCGAUGGAAACAGCAGGGGAAGAAAGGAGUUUGGCUCAACAUUCCUCUCACAUUUGUGGGCUGUGUUCCUGUUGCAGUGCAGGAAGGAUUUUGGUAUCACCAUGCAGAGCCAACUUAUUUGAUGCUUGUGAACUGGCUCCCCAGCACCCCUCAUACUCUACCAAUUUAUGCCACACACAGACUUGGUGUUGGAUCUGUUGUCAUAAACAGCAAAAAAGAGGUGUUGGUGGUCCAAGAGAAGUCUGGCCAUUUCAGAGGUUCUGGUGUAUGGAAGAUUCCUACUGGAGUCGUCGAGGAGGGUGAGGAUGUGUUUGCUGCAGCUGAAAGAGAAGUGAAGGAGGAAACCGGGGUUGAAGUUGAAUUUGUAGAAAUCAUUGGGUUCAGGGAAAGUCACAAAGCCCACUUCAACAAGAAAUCUGAUCUGUUUUUCAUAUGUAUCUUGAAGCCGAAGUCAUCGGAUAUUCUAAAGCAAGAUUCAGAAAUUCUGGAUGCCCAGUGGAUGCCCGUUGAGGAAUACGCUGCACAAUCCUUUGUCCAGAAACGUGAAUCAAUGAAGAAGAUUGCUGAAAUGAUAUUGUCAACGACUAGCAAAAACUAUGCAGGAUUUGCUCAUAUGAGUGUUCGCUCCAGCUCCUCUGUGCACUCAUUAUACCUCAAUGACAAGGAAUUACUGAAUUAGAAGCCAUUUCUUCCAUUAAUAGCAGCCUGUAACUCUGUUCUCAUUUAUGGCCUUGUUUAUGUUAUUGUUUGUAACCAAGUGAAAGAUGUUCAUAUUUAAUAGUAUUGGUUGUAACUAUGUGAUGAUUAAGAAUGUUGGUUUUAAGUCUUCCUGUGUAAAUAAAAAUGUUAGGGUCAUGUGAUUGUGAUGUUAAAAUUUAUGAAUAAUAUCAAAU